AUGAAGGGACCUGCCGAAAUUGCGCAUGGACCCAUGUUCAUUGGGUUUAUUUUCAAUGUGCUGCUGUAUGGAAUCAUGAUAACCCAGGUUUACUUGUACUUCACGACAUUUAAAAAAGACCAGACUUGGAUGAAGAUAUUUGUUUUCGUUCUCUUUAUCGCGGACACCGUGAAUACUGUCUUUGAUUCCAUAUACUUGUACCGAUCGCUCAUCGUACACUUCGGCGGUGAUUCACAUCUGGCGACCGCUAAUUGGCUCUUCGCAACCGAUCCUGCAAUAACUGGAUUGAUAGCCAGCCUCGUUCAGUUCUUCUUUGCCUGGCGAGUCCUUAUCCUAACGCGUAGCACUCCGUUGGCUACUGCCGUCAUCCUGGGCUCGUUGGCUGGUGGAGCUGGCGCAGUUGCAGCCGCCAUUGAAGUUGGUCGAACUCCUCAAUUUGUCGAAUUCCGACGUUUCAAGAUGUCUUUAUCACGACGAUUUUGGUUUGGCAUCUAUCUCAGGAGGAGACACAAGACUGGAUUCCAGGCGUCGGAUUUAAUGGUUGAUCGAAUAAUACGCAUAACUGUACAAACGGGUUUUAUCACCUCUCUCGUCGCAACGCUUGAUCUAAUAUUCUUCCUGACCGAUCCGACUGGAACGCAUCUGAUCUUCAACUUCCCGCUGUGCAAAUUGUACUCCAACUCGCUCAUGAGCAGCCUCAACUCACGCGCAGGUUGGAAGUUCGGAUCGUCGAAGAAGAAUUUCAGCUCGGUGGACACAGGAACGACUCUAGGCGUUUUCUCGACCUCGAAUCUCGCACAGGCACCCCAAUUGAGUCAUACCAGCCCUCCAAACAGCCCAUUCACUCUACGAAACGCGCGCCAUUCCGCUGACAACCUUGCAACACCUGACUCUCCAAGGCGGAGUCGCGGUUUAUCUGUGUCGCGACCACCUGCCACCGUCGCUAAGAACUCGCACCCGGAGAUUUUUGUGCACGUCGAGUCCCACCAGUCUCGGGACAAUGUGCUCCCUCCAAAAUCAGGGCCAGGCUGCAUAAGUGCGGCCCCGCGUUUCAAAAACGGACCCCCACCCUCCAAAAAGCCUCUCAGCGUGUGCCUCUCGAUAGAUGCAGAUGUUAGCGAUGGCACCUCAGAGGGUCAGGAGUACAACUACGGUUCUCAGGAACUCGACAAUGGAGGGAGCGUGGAAAGAACGAAGGAAAUUUCGGACAUGGAAUAA